AUGGCUGAAGUCGAAAGUAUCCAUAGGCAGCAGCAGUGCACCUCAUGGAGCUUUGCUGCUGAUUUCUUCUCGGCCGCAUGUGCCGCAGCGCUUGUUGCUCCAUGGGUGAAUGCUAUUGACAAGAUGAUAUACUACCGCGUUGCAAAGGGAGACUCCUUCAAAGAUUCCUGCAAGUCCUUCCUCUCGAAGCCCAAGAAACUGCUUGGGGCCUUCCACAUAUGCUUCCUCGUUUACUUUGGCACGUAUGCCACAGCCAACCUGCUCAACUCGUUCUGUACCAUCGAUGACUCCUACGAUCCUGCCACCAUGUCCGCCUCGUCUGCCAAGCUCUCGACGACUCGCUUCUGUGUAUCCGCUGCUGUCGGGACGGGGCUUUGUCUGUACAAGGAUGGUUAUGUGGCCAGGGCCGUAGGGAAAGCGUCUUUGCCUCUCUUCUCGUACAUAUUGUUUGCCGCUCGCGAUGCCACGACCUGCUUCACCUCGUUUCAACUCCCGCCUCUAGUUGCCCAGUUAUCCGCCUCGUCUCUUGCAAACCCAGCCUUGAACACUGCCAAAUCCGGAAAUUCAGAGCUAGCCAACCUCGCCUCGCUUGCUGCAGCCCAGUUGGUCAGUACACCGAUACAUGUAUUGGGCCUUGACCUACACAACCGUCGGAAGAAAUCAACGGCUCGUCAGCGAAUUCAGGCUCUUUGGAAGCAUGCACCGGCUGUUUCGUCGCUGCGGAUGGCGAGGGUGAUGCCGACGUUCUUUAUUGGGAAUUCGGUCAACACCACGUUCAGAAGCUCCAUGAUUGACAUUGGGCUCUAA